AAACGUAACACACGGAUGAGGAAACAGGUGUCACUGUGCAGGGAGGCUGUCAAGAGCCUUUAAAAGGGAGAGCGCGGACCGCUUAGCAUCACUCCGCACCUUCACUUUCUAGAGACACUCGAUUGAUGUUCUGGUUGUUGAUCCUGAGCUUAUCAGCUUGAAUCUCAGCAAAAAUGACGGCAAAGAUCACCCUUUACCAGGAUUCGAACUUCGGGGGAGCAUCCCGAGAUGUUACAGGAGACAUGAGCGAACUGAGUUCCAUCGGCUUCAACGACCGAGUGUCGUCGAUCAAAGUUGUUGGGAGCGUGUGGGUUGGCUAUGAACACACCAACUACAACGGUCGCCAGUACAUCUUGGAGGAAGGUGAUUACCCAAACUGGGAUGCCUGGAAAGGUUCCAAUGAUCAACUCUCCUCGCUGAAGAAGCUGAACCCGGACAUCGGGGACUCGCCGCAGAUAGUUCUGUACCAACACACCAACUACGGUGGCAGGGCUGCGACUUUCACCUAUGGAAUUGACAACUUGAAAUACUACAACUUCAAUGACGAAGCUUCCUCUCUCAAAGUCAAGAGCGGAAUAUGGAUCUUGUACGAACACAGCAACUACGGAGGCAGGCAGUACGUCGUGACAGAGGGCUCCUACCCACACUGGGACAAUUGGCGCGGUGCCAAUGAUCAGAUCUCCUCACUCCGACCAAUCAAGGAACCGUUCUUUCCCACCGAGGUCCUGAGCAUGGAGUUCGACAUCGCUGCGGGCCUGCUCAACUCCACCCCGGUGGCCCUGGUCAACCUGUCCCAGCGGAAUGACUCCAGCUCGGAUCAGCAGGCCUCGUGGUCUACCAAGCGCACUGUGACCACCACCAAGACUUACGAGUGGCACUGGGAGAACAGCACGGCCGUCAGCGUGUCAACCACCUUCAAGACCGGCGUGCCCGUCAUCGCUGAGGGGGAAAUCACGGUGAGCGUCGAGAACACCUUCUCUAUUGGCGAGAACCGGGGCGAGGAGAACACCCAGUCGGAUGAGUGGGCCUUCAACCUGCCGGCCACCGUCAAAGCUAAGACCAUGCUGCGCGUGCAGGUCAACAUCCAGCAGGGUAAGAUUGACGUGCCCUUCUCGGCCCUCCUACAGAAGGGCACCAGACGCUGGAGGGAGGUGGGAACGUUCAGAGGCACCCAGAGCUACAAUCUGCAGGUGGAUUACAAGGAAACACCGCUGUAGAGAAACGUGUCUGUAUUACUCAGGCCGAAUGUUGCUGGCUAAAAUAAGAUACAAGCCGAAUAUAGACGGGAAAAAAUCUAAGGAGUACUUAACACAUUGAUGGCUAUGGCACGGUUAAAAAAAAAAAGUAUUUGGGUUAAAUAUAGAAUAAUAAAACAUGUCCAUUUUUGAGAGGGGAUUUUUGACGCGACCACCAAAGUGACCUCAGGAUACCUGAGUGUUGUUAUGAAGAGCCAGAAUCUCGUUUAUAUUAAAAAAAAUAAACAGAAAUGUCUUUAAUAGUAGGACCUUUGAAACCCUAGUCUCAGAUGCCAGGAAAUGCCUAGAUUGCACCAGAGAGCAUCUACAAUCCGAAAUUUUACAGGCCCUUGGCGGGCCCCGGACCCCACGCCAUUAGUGGCUGGGACUCACUGCCGCCAACUUUCAUCCGGACAUCUGCCUGCUACUCUUAAACAUUUUGAAACCUCUGACGUUUCUAUUAGACUCAUUUCAUAUUAAUUUGUUGGGUAAAAUCUGAUGUUUUUAUAGCGCUUGUAAUGUUAUCAACUCACUUAUGUUUUAACCAGCAUAUCAUGGAGUGUUACUUGAAAGAAACAUCUACUUCAUAAGCAGAAUAUGCCAAACCAAUUUCUAUCUUUCAAAAAAUAUAUAAAUGUUAUACUCAGAAUUAGUAUUGUUCGAGAUUAGGCCAAAUAAAAAAAAA